ACGAGGAACAUGAAGCUCCUUCUCCUUUCGGUGUGCCUCGUGGGCACGACAUUUGCGGUGCCAAUCAACACAAGGCAAAGGAGGGACAUCCUGCCUGGAGAUUCACGAUUUGGUACUGAUUACCAUCGUCAGCUUCACCGUCAUCAUGAUAAUGAGGUCGAAGUAACCAAAGCAAUUGGUACCUAUGCUGGAACAUAUACUGAACAACUCCCACAUCAGCAAUAUGGACCACCUUUCUACCAACCUAGCCAGCCAUUGAAGGAUUAUACACCAGUCGUUGAGGAUGUGAAGAAAACAGUAGAGCAGGCCGCGCCUGUUCAGGUUGUCCAGGAAGAACAACCGACUCAGAAUGUUCAACAAACUGUUGAGAUUCCAACUGGUUCCUAUGGUGCUCCUCCUGUCCAGCAACCCGAAGUUAUUCAAAAUGUCCAAACAGAGAAGCAAACUGCUCCAUUGAACUCUUACGGAACUCCAGUUCAAAAUUACGAGCAGGUUCAAACUGUUCAACAUGUAGAAUCCGUCCAAGAAGUUCAGCAAGCUGAACCUGUACAACAAAUUGAGCAAGUUCAACCUGCCCAAACAUUACAGUACAUUGAACCUGUUCAAACACUCCAGCAUGUCGAACCUCUUCCAACCUUUGAAAAUAUUCAACCGCAGCCAACAGUUCAACAAGUUCAACCGCAACCUUUCCAAAUUUACGGACCCCCCUCAGCUCAGAGCCCCGUCCGCGUUCAGCAAACGCUUGUACAACCUAUCCAACAAGUUCAACCAGUUAAACAAGUCCAACCUGUCCAAGAAGCACAGCCAGUCAAUCAGGUCCAAUAUGUUCAGCAAGUUCAACAAGUUCAACCAGUCAGACAAGUUCAACAAGUUCAACCAGUGAGACAAGUUCAACAAGUUCAACCAGUCAGACAGGUUCAGCAAGUUCAACCAGUUAGACAAGUUCAGCAAGUUCAACCAGUCAGACAAGUUCAGCAAGUUCAACCAGUCAGACAAAUUCAACAAGUUCCACAGGUUCAACAAGUUCAAAAAGUUCCACAGAUUCAACAAGUUUCACAAAUUCAACAAGUUCCACAGGUUCAACAAGUUCAACCUUUUAACGCAUAUGGACCCCCCCUGACUCAGCAAAGCGUCAAAGUUCAGGAAACACCUCAAGUUGCACCAGUUGUACCAGUUGUACAUGCUACACAUGUAGUCAAACAGCCAGCACGCCAAAGUUUCAGCCCUGUCUCUCUGAGCUAUCAACCAGCAUUGUCCGGAUACAAUUACCCAAAUGCACCUCUUCAGGUUCAUCAACUUCCGGCUCCAGUUCGACAGGUUCAAUACCAGACUCCAGUUCAGGUCCAUCACGUUCCACAGGUGCAAUAUCAGACCCCAGUUCAACAUGUUGCACAGGUGCAAUAUCAGGCUCCAGUUCAGGUUCAACAUUUUAAGCCAGUCGAGCAAUAUAAACCUGUUCAGGUACAACAGUUCCAACAACAGUUUCCUCAUGCAGUACAUCAGUUUCAACAUCAGUUCCAACAACAGUCUUAUCCUUCGUUUCAGGAAGUGAAAAAUUACCAGGUCCCUCAGGUUCAGCGAGGCUAUUUGAGUCCUCCAGUCCAGCAAUCCACUUUGGUUCAACAGCCAGCCAUUCAGGAAAAUGUCAGUUUCGACACUCCAGUUCAGUCUAUUGAAGUUCCACUCUCCUCGCAAGCAGUAGAACACGAUUUCCUACAAAUUCCAGAAAUUCCGAACAGUUCAUCAUUUGGUGACUCUAUUCAGGUAGUGGAUGUUGGCAAGAAGGUCAGCCAACCUGCUGAAGUUCCCAGUCAGAGUUAUGCUGAUAACGGUGGUUACGUAUACUGAUAACUUUUUUUAAAAAGGACUUGACAAAGAAAAAAAAAACGAAACUAAAAGGUUCUGACUUGUCAUAAAAGAAGUUGCCCUUGGAAUUGAAGCCAAACGAAGGAGAAACUAGGUGAUACUGAUAGAAUAAAGUAAACGUAAUAGAUUAACGAAAUAGGUAAGAUACAUAGAGAAUUGUACCUAUACGAUUCUAUUUGAGAGAAUGAUUCUACGCUUCGACAAUAGAAUUGUAAUUUAUUUUCCGAUUUCUAAUACUCGUCUUUUUGUUUAAGGCGCGU